AUGCAGAGAUUGUCGCCCGGCUACGGAGCACAGGACGAGCCGCCUGCCCGCCGCGACUGUGCAUGGGCCCCAGGCCCCGGGGCCGCCGCUGAGCCGCGUGGCCUCCCCGCCGCCGCCGCCGCCGCCGCCGCCGUCGCUGCGCCGUCCAGCCCGCCUCACAGCCCCGAGUCAGGGCGCUAUGGCCCCAGUCUGGCCGGCCGUGGGGAGCGCCACGGGGCCGACGAAUCGCGCAUCCGGCGACCCAUGAACGCCUUCAUGGUGUGGGCAAAGGAUGAGCGCAAGCGGUUGGCACAGCAGAAUCCAGACCUGCACAAUGCGGUUCUCAGCAAGAUGCUGGGCAAAGCGUGGAAGGAGCUGAGUGUCACAGACAAGCGGCCCUUCGUGGAGGAGGCCGAGCGACUGCGCGUGCAGCACCUGCACGACCAUCCCAACUAUAAGUACCGUCCGCGACGCAAGAAGCAGGCGCGCAAGGCCCGGCGGCUGGAACCCGGCCUCCUGCUCCCGGGCCUGACUCGGCAGCCUGAGCCUUUCCCUCCAGCUCCCGGUCCACUCCGCGCCUUCAGCGAGCUACCUACGCUGGGCGCAGAGCUCGACGGCCUGGGGCUCCCCACCCCCGAGCGCUCGCCACUGGAUGGCCUGGAGCCCAACGAAGCUUCCUUCUUUCCGCCGCCAACCGAGGACUGCGCUCUGCGGCCCUUCCGCGCUCCCUUUUCUCCCGCGGAGCGGUCUCGGGAUCUGGGCGGCUGCUACGGGGCGCCCCUGGCUGAAGCACUGCGGACCGCGCCGCCUCCCACUGGCCUCUACUACGGCACCCUAGGCGCGCACGGGUCAGCUCCGUACCCGGGGCCUCUGUCACCGCCACCCGAGGCCCCGCCGCUGGAGGGCGCGGCCGAGCCGCUGGGGCCAGCCCCGGAGCUGUGGGCGGACUUGGACCUCACCGAGUUCGACCAGUACCUCAACUGCAACCGGACUCGGCCGGAUGCUGCUGCGCUCCCAUACCACAUGGCGCUGGCCAAGCUGGGCCCGCGCGCCAUGUCCUGCCCCGAGGAGAGCAGUCUGAUCUCCGCGCUGUCAGAUGCCAGCAGCGCCGUGUACUACAGCGCCUGUAUCUCAGGCUAG